AUGGCUACUCCAAAAGUUACGAAAAGUUUCCAAAAUUGCGCGGAAUCAGAAGUCGCAGCGUACAACGAUUGUCCCAGUUUCUUAUUUCAGGUUGGAAAAUCAAAAUCUUCGAGAAGACAUAAAAUAACUACCAAAGUUCGUGAUGUAUCUGGCAAUACAAUGAUGCCGUCGGCACCUCCACCUCCUCAUUCUGGUCGCUUUGAUAAAAAAACUGUCAAAUCCUCAAAUAGUGAAGCUACUCAUUGCUACAGCAAGGAACAAGUAUUGGCUAAAAUAAGCACGUUACUUGAAAAGGAAUCCAGCCUAUCAGCCAAAGAAUUGGAGUUUUAUAGGCUGAAAGUGGAAAAUAAUGUUGCAAACAGUUUGGAGUCCAACGAUGCCUUGCAUAUUUUCAGCCAGUUCUUCAACGAAAUGCAUGAUAAGAACAAUGCUAAAAACCUACUAGUGAGUUGGAUAAUUUCUGAUACAACCAUUAGUACGUGGUGUCCUGCUCUCCUCAAGAUCUACGAAAAUGCCUUCAUCUGA